AUGGAGGUUAUUUCUCAUCCACAUGUUGAUGAUGAAUGCAAGUCAGAGAUGGGUUUUGAGAAAUAUGGUUGCUUACAUUAUGAAAGGAAGUGCAAGAUUAUAGCUCCUUGUUGCAAUGAAGUAUUUGAUUGCAGGCACUGCCACAAUGAUUCAAAGAAUUCUCUAGAUGUCGAUCUUCUGGAGCGCCAUGAUAUCCCGCGUCAUGAAAUAAACAGGAUCAUUUGCUCUUUGUGUAACACCGAACAAGACGUCCAACAAGUGUGCAUUAGUUGUGGCAUUUGUUUUGGGAAAUACUUCUGCCCGAAAUGCAAAUUCUUUGAUAAUGACGUCUCAAAGAAUCAAUAUCACUGUGAUAAAUGUGGAAUCUGCAGAACGGGCGGGGAAGAAAAUUUUUUCCAUUGUGAUAGAUGUGAAUGUUGCUAUUCGAUUUUGUUAAAAGCUUCGCACGUAUGCGUAGAGAAGGCCAUGCAUCACAAUUGCCCUGUUUGCUUUGAGUAUCUUUUUGAGACAACAAGAGGCAUUGCCGUGUUGCCGUGCGGUCACACUAUACAUUUGGACUGUGUUAAGGAGAUGGAGCGCCAUUUCCAAUAUGCUUGCCCGAUUUGCUCGAAAUCAUAUUGCGAUAUGACCCGUGUCUGGGAAAGGAUUGAUCAGGAGGUUGCUUCGACUCCUAUGCCUCAAAUGUAUGAAAAUAAGAUGGUCUGGAUUUUAUGCAACGACUGUGGAAAAACAUCGGAGGUUAACUAUCACAUUGUGGCCCACAAGUGCAUGAACUGCAAUUCUUACAAUACGAGGCAGACGAGAGAGGCCCACACCACGUGCUCGCCUGGAAUGUCUGAGAUGGUCAUAUGA